CCCCGCCCCUCUGUGAUGGCAGGUGAAAGGGGGCGGGGCCUCACCUGUCGCUCAGGUGCAGGCAGGGAAGUACCUGUCGCGCUGCGGAGGGGGUCACGUGGCUCGGGCGGCCCAGGAGGCGGGGCUCCACUCGCCCCAUUCACUAUUGCGGGGAAGUUGCUCCGUCCGGACGCACAGGGACUCAGGACAGCUCUGAUCCAGAAGGGAGUCUUGCAACCGGCAGAGAUUGCACAGCAGUGCUGGGGACUGCGAGACAAAGUGACUCGUCCAAGGCUGCCCAAAAGGUCUGAGGUAAAGCUAAAACUGGAACCAAUAUAUCUGGGGGCCAAGUGCAAGCAACCUCCUUACUUCUUCAUCACCAGGAGGACUUCACCUACUGAGGACCAGGUCAAGACAUUUGGAGGCUGCUGAAGUGCAAAAGGGGGCUAUUGUAGCCAGAAAUACAUACUUUAGGGGUGAAGGAAGAUUUUUGCUCCCCCCGCCCUCCUUGUGGCUGGGAGGCGGGCAA